CAUAACAAACUCAUGGAACCUGGCAAUGAAACACAACUUUCAAAGUUUCUUCUCCUGGGAUUCUCAGAGGACCCAGAGCUGCAGCCCCUCAUAUUCGGGCUCUUCCUCUCCAUGUACCUGGUCACUGUGGCUGGGAACCUGCUCAUCAUCCUGGCCAUCCUCUCAGACCCCCACCUCCACACGCCCAUGUACUUCUUCCUCUCCAACCUGUCCUUGGUGGACGUCUGCUUCACCUCCACCACCGUCCCCAAGAUGCUGGUGAACAUCCAGACGCAGAGCAAAGCCAUCAGCUAUGCAGGCUGCAUCACCCAGAUGUACUUUUUACUGCUGUUUUCAGGGUUGGACAUAUUUUUGCUGACGGUGAUGGCCUAUGACAGGUUCGUGGCCAUCUGUCACCCCCUGCACUACACGGUCAUCAUGAGCCCCCGGCUCUGUGCCCUGCUGCUUCUGGUGUGCUGGAUCAUCAGUGUCCUGAAUUCCUUGUCACACUGCUUCCUGGCACUGAAACUGUCUUUCUGUGCAGCUCCGGACAUUCCCCACUUUUUCUGUGAACUGAACCAGGUGGUCCACAGUGCCUGCUCUGACACCUUUCUGAAUGACAUGGUCAUCUAUUUAACUGCUAUGCUGCUGGCUGCUGGUCCUCUGGCUGGGAUCCUGUACUCCUAUUCUAAGAUCGUCUCCUCCAUCCGUGCCAUCUCCUCAGCUCAGGGGAAGUAUAAAGCAUUCUCCACCUGUGCCUCUCACCUCUCUGUUGUCUCCUUAUUUUAUUGCACACUCCUGGGUGUGUACCUUAGUUCUGCUGUUACUCAAAACCCACACUCAACUGCAACAGCCUCACUGAUGUACACCGUGGUCACCCCCAUGCUGAACCCCUUCAUCUACAGUCUGAGGAAUAAAGAUAUUAAGAGGGCCUUGAAGACAUUCUUUAUGAGAGAAACCAGAAAUUUAUCAGUUGACCCAUCUCAGUAG